CUUGCGACUUGCGACUCAUUCCUGACGAAGAUACUCAACAUCGCCAUCGCCUCACAUCCCUUAAUAAUAAAUUCCCCGCCAAGAAUCGCAACGCACCGAUUGAAUCGGCUUUUUGAAGAUGGAUCCCGGGCGGCGCGCUAUGAUUUAUGGCCGUAAGUCACCCCCUCGCCGCGAUAUCACAUCUCCUAGACGAGAUCCCAAUUCCAGAAUCACGAAGCCCUCGCGACCGACCCAGACCAAACCGACAAAUCCUACCACGCAGAACUGGCUUAGUCAAGAUGAACAGUCUCAACAAUUUGUCGCCGACGAAGACAAAUUCGUCUUGAAACAAGCAAAGAAGAAAGCAGACAUUCGUGUCCGCGAAGGACGGGCGAAGCCUAUUGAUUUUUUGGCGUUCAACUUGCGAUACAUCGACACCGACCGUGAUGUUUUCGAUGACGACGAUUCCGACGUCGAUAUCGAUGUGCCCCCGCCGAAUGCGGUAAUAGACGGGCUGAAGGAGUCGGAACUUGAUGAACUUGAUACAGAGAUCACGUCAUACCAUACACUCGAGAUGAAUCCUAGGAAUAGAGAAUAUUGGAAGGCAUUACAAACACUCUGCAAGGAUAAGAGGCAGCGACUGAAACCACUGGGCCCUGAAGAGCGUGCGGUUAGCUCUGUUAUCGCCGAUGUAGACAAGAUCCUAGGUCCGAAGAACCUCGAACAGUUGGAAAAGCUGGAGGGCCAAAUACAGGCCAAGUUACGUUCAGACGAGGUUGUCGAUACUGAUUACUGGGAACAACUGCUCAAAAGCUUGCAGAUUUUUAAAGCGAAAGCCAAGCUGAAGAAUAUCUACGAGUCUAUCAGAGACAGCCGUGUCACGCUCUUGAAAGAACGGGAUCCCGAAAAGGCCAAGGCGCUUGUUGAGUCCGGAUCACUUGGAGGCGUUAUCCAAUCGGGAUCCAAGGAAGUCGUCCCAACUUCCACUUCGAAACCCAAAAACAGUACAUCUAUCGUCCCUUCGACUAGUACAUUGACCAAUGCGCCGCCUCCCGGCACUGCUAGAUUCGCUACGGGAGGAAAUGAAGACUUCUCGCAAGCUACCAAAGCUUUGUACGAACGAGAGGUCGCCAGGGGAAUCAGUGAGAACGAGGAGAUAUUUACAGCUGAAGAGACCGUACCAAGUGCUACGAAGCCACAGUGGGCAGAUAAAUAUCGGCCUCGGAAACCGCGAUAUUUCAAUCGUGUACAAAUGGGCUACGAAUGGAACAAAUACAAUCAGACGCAUUACGAUCACGACAACCCACCACCGAAAGUAGUUCAGGGUUAUAAAUUCAACAUAUUCUAUCCUGACCUUAUUGACAAGACCAAGGCGCCUACCUUCAAGAUUAUUCGCGAACACGGAAGAAGAAGAGGCGAAUCCUUCGCACCUGCCGGAGAAGAAGAUACUUGCCUGAUUCGUUUUAUUGCUGGACCGCCGUAUGAGGACAUCGCCUUUCGGAUUGUUGAUCGAGAGUGGGAUUACAGCGCCAAAAAGGAUCGUGGCUUUAAAAGCAGCUUCGAUAAGGGAAUUCUCCAACUCCACUUUCAAUUCAAGAAGAUCUACUACCGAAAAUAGAAAAUUAAGCCACUACUAUUCGCCAAGCCUAAGCCGUCUUUCCCCAGCGGCAAAUCCCCCGACACUUCCCUUACAAACAGCUUAAUUGACGAUUUACCUCAGCUACUCCGGCUCUAGCUUUUAGGGAAUUAGAUAGGUAUACGAGACGUAAUGCUAGAAUGAUACCAACAAAUGAUUUCACACAAGACUCUAUUCAAGUUAAAAUACAGCGAGUGAUUUACCUAGGUAAUAAAUGUAUGUCUCGGUCCUCGUCACACAGCGCCCGGGAAGCCGCCUCGCUUCCCUGACCUUGCUAAUUUUUAGGAGGCUGGGAUUAAUGGAACAUUACGAGAGCGUCGUAAAAAACUCUUCAGUACCAUUUUAAUUUUCCCUAUUCCCAAGGACUUUUACUUGCCUUCAAAGUUCUAGGUGGAUCAUGAUUUCUGCUACGCCUUACGGAUUUUUCCAAUUCAUAC